AUGCUGUGGGCCCUGCUGCUGCCCCUGCUGCUGCUGCUGGCCGCCAGCUGGGUGCAGGCGACCCGGCCCUGCUUCCCCGGGUGCCAGUGUGAGGUGGAGACCUUCGGGCUCUUUGACAGCUUCAGCCUGACACGCGUGGACUGCAGCGGCCUCGGCCCCCACAUCGUGCCGGUGCCCAUCCCUCUGGACACAGCCCACCUGGACCUGUCCUCCAACCGGCUGGAGACGGUGAACGAGUCGGUGUUGGCGGGGCCAGGCUACACCACGCUGGCCGGCCUGGAUCUCAGUCACAACCUGCUCACCAGCAUCUCGCCCACCGCCUUCUCCCGCCUCCGCUACCUGGAGUCCCUCGACCUCAGCCACAACGGCCUGGCCGCCCUGCCCGCAGACAGCUUCACCAGCUCGCCCCUGAGCGACGUGAACCUCAGCUACAACCGGCUCCGGGAGGUCCCGCUGUCCGCCUUCACGACCCGCGGCCAGGGCCGGGCGCUGCACGUGGACCUCUCCCACAACCACAUCCACCGCCUCGUGCUCCACCCCGCGGGCGCCAGCCUGCCCACGCCUGCCAUCCAGAGCCUGAACCUGGCCUGGAACCGGCUCCACGCCGUGCCCGACCUCCGGGACUUGCCCCUGCGCUACCUGAGCCUGGAUGGGAACCCGCUGGCCGCCAUCGGCCCGGGCACCUUCACCGGGCUGGCGGGCCUGACGCACCUGUCGCUGGGCAGCCUGCAGGGCGUCCCCCAGCUGGCACCCUAUGGUUUUCAUGAGCUGCGCAGCCUGCAGGUCCUGGACCUGUCAGGCAACCCCAAGCUCAAGUGGGCAGGCGCCGAGGUGUUCUCGGGCCUGGCCUCCCUGCAGGAGCUGGACCUGUCGGGCACAGGCCUGGCGCCCCUGCCUGAGGCGCUGCUCCUCCACCUGCCAGCGCUGCAGAGCGUCCGUGUGGGCCGGAGCACGCAGUGCCGGCGCCUGGUACGGGAGGGUGCCUACCCCCGGCAGCCUGGCUCCAGCCCCAGCGUGGCUCUGCACUGCGCAGACACCCGGGAACCGGCCUCCAGGGGCCGGGGCACCUUGUGA